CCUGGAUUGAAGCUCGUCGGUAUUGGUCAAAAGUCGAGCAUAAAUCCGACUUCCGCCUGGCUCACUCCCAUUAUCAGGAGAGCUGUGGAGCACCAAGAUGAGACCCGAGAGCGAAGGAAGCGAUUCCUCCGACAGCGACGACACAGAUCGACGCAGUCUCGAUGCAGCCCUGGGCCAACGUCUUUCAAAACUCUCGAACAGUGCCAAGUUUGCCGUCUCGCUGAACCAAAUUAGCCACGUGGUCAUCCGAGAAGCGUAUAACCGUGAGGAGCACGGUGCCAUCGUAGUCGUCUACGUUGUGGACGUCUUCCUAAUGGGAGUACAAAAGGGUUUGCCCUCGACCUCAGUACAGAGCUGGCACAAACUUACGUGGCGCCAGAAGCGUGAGAAGCAGAGCGAGCGUCCCGAAUACCAAGUGGAACAUCGCUACUCGGCCUUCAGGUUGCUUCGACAACGAAUUCUAGACGUGGUAAGCGCCACUCCGCCCGAUGUGGACCAAAACCAUCCGCAAUGUUGCCCCUACUGCAGUCGUGUGUUGUGGCUGGUCACAGCUCGAGACUUUCCGUCGCGCUAUCCUAACGGAGGCGCUCUGGCAACCUACACUGGCUGGCGACAGCUGCUCAUUCAUUCGAGGAAGCAUGGCUUGGAGAAAUUUAUCAAUGAGCUGCUGACGGCGGCGAAAGACGUGUCGUAUCGCUACAGCGCAAGUCAGUGUGAACGCUACGCGACUGUGUCGGGGAUUUUGAACGAUUUCUUUGCCGAUCCACACUUACGAACUGCAGGGGGCUGGACAGCGCUGAGCUGCUGCUAGCUAAAUUUUGCCAACUAGUCAUCAGUUCUGAUAGUACACAAAAAGCAUCACAUUUAGGUAACUGGCAAAAUGCAGCAAGGGUUAAGAUGAACUUGUCAGGAGCGAGAAGUACAAGGGGGUAUUCUACGACGAGGGCGCCGUCACCAUUUCUCCUCGGUGGCAUAAGCGCAGCAGGUCAGCGCAAGUCGGCUAUAUACUGUAUCGAGUGGCUGUGAAGUGGCAUGCGCCAAGCGAACUCCUGUCGAGUCAAAGCCACAAUCAGAAUAAGCGCAAGUGAUGACUCCAACGGGAAAGUGAGAGCCGGCGAUGUCUUUGAAGCACGUCGGUGGCGUUGAACAAUAGGGCGGAUACUGCACUGCCGGGGUGUCUGCUACAGCGCGGCACCUCCAUGUCGACAACCUGCUGGUCAUUAUGUUAGUCCCAGGGCGAUUAAGCCACUCCUCGAUACGUCGAGGUGAUCAAGUGAGUUGAGUGUUCUUGUCAAGAACGUCUUGAUCAGAGCGACAGGGCGUUGCCAUCGUAAUCAUGCGACAGUGCGAGCACCCAUCAUGUGGCCCACACACCAAAUGACAUCUCUACAGCCUGCUCUACUAAAAGCAGUCACACUUAUGCAGCUUGUAAGAGCAACAAACUUAGCACAAAGAUGCUCUUAUACCAGUCUCUAUAUCUAUACAACUCCUUAUUUGUGUUGGCUUCAACUAACGAGAAUGACAGCCAUUUGCAAACCCG